GCUGAGGACCUCUUUGUGUCGACGAGAUUAAAGAAAGAAACGAUGGCUUGAAUUCAAACCUGUCUGUCAUUGUAAACAACUCAAUCAAAGCGCCUUGUCUUCCUUCAAAAAGUCUCACAGAUUUGGUGUCGUAUUCGGUAUAAAGAGAGAAACUGCGAGAAACGGAAGAGCGAGAAGAAAUUAUUUGUUUACGAUGGGUAGUAAUGAGAUACAGUCCACAGAGCAGCGUUCAUCGAACAAAACCACUGAAGUGCUACCGAUGGAACCGGAACGAAGAAGACGUGAGGGUGGUGACGAUGCAAGCACAUAUUCUCAGAAUUCAAUCUCAGUUUCUGACAAGACCACAGAACCAAGAAAUUUGAAAUUAAGGAUCCAAAAUAACACUCUAGUCAUAGUCCAACAAUCACCCGCCAAACAGCUGCAGUUUAACUGGGAGUGCAGCUUGCAUAAACGGGAAACAAAACGUGGCAACGGGGGUGAAGUACAAUCAUACUCUACUCCAAAGACAAAGGGCAACCUGCUAGACCAACACAAGCGACCAUUAAAGUUGGUAGCCUGCCAACUCCAAACUCCAAACGAAGCCCAUUGCCGAAAGGCAGACUCAGGUGGAAUUGUUUCCUCCAGUGUUGAAAAACCGAUGCCCUUAAUCAAGAAACAAGGGUAUCUCAGAGGAGCACAAUGCGAGAGAAUUCUGAAAAGACUUGAGAUUUUGCAAGAUAAUGGACAUUUUAACGAACACGAGUACUUAGUCACAACGUUGCUUCAACGUUGUGCCAAUGGAAUUGAACCUGACUUGGAGUUGGCCUUAAAAAUAGAGCGAGGAGUGGCCUUUACUUAUCAGAAAGAGUCUAAAAAGAGUAAGAGUAUGUUUACCUCAGUCAUAAAAUCAGAACAAUCACAAAAUUGCGAUGUUACGAAUCGUAGUAUUUUAACGGCAAGAGCCUAUUUUGCACUUGUAGCUGACUACACCGAUAGAUACUCGGUGAAGUUAUCCCCGCUCUUUGAAUUUCUUCGACGCAGCGAGUUUCUUCUGCAAAAUCACGAUUCGCCAGAAGACUGGGCCGAGCUGUACUACAACUACGGAUGCGUUUGGUUGACGUACAUGAGCAUUAUCCCUGAUGACCUGAGAAAUGCGCAGGCGCGAGAGACCGCUCGGGAUAAAGCAAAAUAUUACUAUGAGCAGGCUGUCUCUUUCUGCCAAAGAGAUAAACGACUGAGAGUUCAGGUAAAAAAACAAACGUAUUGUCAUCUCAAACUAGCAGCACUGCUGUUAGACUGCAGUUCAACUGCCGCGCGCACCCAAGAAAAAGAAAUCGCACCCAGUGAUAUUAUGAAAGCCAAAGAACACCUUGAUUUUGUUCAGUAUAGACUUGAUGGGGGUGUACCCACGGGAACACAGGUACAGCUCUUAAAAUUUCGAUCUGAUCAAUUCUAUCGUCAGAGAUUAUACCAACUGGCCAAAGAAACGGCCGAGGACGCUUUUCAGCUCGCUUCCUCGAAUAGAUUUAACACUGAAUUAGACACUCUUCAAGAAAGAAUCCAGUUUCUUGAUGUAAAGCUUGAGGUUGCCAAAGAGGUUGCUAUCAUGGAAAUAGAAGAUGGCCCUAGUGAAAGCUGUUAUAGUGGCACCGAUUAAAUAUCACGAGAUUAUAAACUUGAAGAGGAUUGAAUAAGUAUCACAAUUAAAUACUAUAAGAUCGAAAGAAUAUUAUCAGCUUUACUGAGUAUAUGACAUACUCAGUGGUUGUA